AUGAACUCGUAUCCACCAGAGCUGCUCGUGCAGCUCGCCCCCGUUAUGUUCGUGGCUGGUCUCGAUCCUCCUCCAACCCCCGUCGACACGCCUUCACCCCCUCCAGUCGCCCAAACGUCCACCUCCCCGCCACCGCCAGGCGCGCCGCCCACCCACAGAUCCACACCUUCGCGCUCCCAAGACCCAUUCGCUUCCCUCAUUCUCCGCCUUCGCGAGUCCCUUGAUGCACAGCGAAAGCCCUCAGUUUGGGCACCGGAUGCCUCCAAGACCUUCCAGAUCAUCCUUGUUGACAGGAACGUCGACUUCCCGCCGCGCAAGCUCGCUCCACCUGACGAUCCUCACCAGUCACCCUAUGCCGCCGCAACCGCGGCUCACUCGCCUCUGUCACCUCUCACGCCGAGUUCCCCGCUACACCCUGACGGACUCAUCGCGCCGAUAUGGAUCAGAAAACACACCGCGCUCGUCCCGAGCGUCUUCGUCCUCUUCCUGAAGAUGUAUGAAGCACCGAGCACGUCGCCACGAUCCCCGCUCGAACCACCAGACGCGGACAGGGAGCGAGAGAGGGCAGAUGAGGAGAGGAGACGCGACUUGGAGCUCGCUGCUGAGAUCGCGGCGCGCAAGCGGAGCACGGGCGAGAGGAACAUCAAGCUGACUGUUGUCCUCAUUGCGAGUCGCAAGAUGCUUGAUGACCCGGCACUCGAUGCAAGACUUACCUUCGUCAGAAGGCAGAGCGGGCUCGACUCACGUGCAGCGCUUUUCGUUCUUAGCCCUGUUGCGCCCUCAGAGCUCGCCGAGUUCGUACGCAGCUUACAAGACGCCCUCUACGAACCUGCGGUUGAGUACUACACCGCACAUAGCAAACGCGUCCGCCGUAAACGUAACCGGCACGCACAGUCUUUUUCUUCAUUUGCGCCUUCGUAUACACCCCUCUCUCCUCUAGGAGGUGCCCCAGCCCGUCCUCUGAGGCCCGAGGGAUGGACAGUGCGGUAUGAGUACAAGAUGGCAUGCUUCGCGGAGUUUCGGAGGGAGGAUGAGGUCGCGCUCAAGCACUAUCAGGAUGCGUACGCCUCGUUGCUCAUCAUGUUUGGCUCGACAGCAAUCCUUCCGCCGCGGACAAAACGGUGGGCAGAGGCCAAGGUGCUCGCGGACGCGAUCAACAUCAAGAUCGUGAAGCUGUACCUUUACAACAACGAGCAUGCCCUUGCACUCUCGCGGCAUUCGGGUCACAUGCGCCGCUUCUCCGAUUUUUCGCGAGGAUGGGGCAUCGGCGAGGAGACGUUCGAGUUUUGGAGCUGGCUUGCAAGGCAACACCGUGUCCUUGCCGAACUUCUCGAACGCGGUCUCGCAUCUACACUCAUCCUUCCCUCGUUUUCACCUGAGCCGCGGCUGCCAUCCGCUGUAGGCUCUCCUGGAACAACGACAUUGGAGCUCGAGGGACUGACCGGUGGACGUGCCGCCGGUGUGAAUCCCAGUCAUGCGCUGCAGCAUCCUGGCCACUACUACUACAUGGCAGCACGGUGCACUGAGGCUCGGCGUGAGCGCUUCCUGGCGAGCGAGGGCACAUCGCAAGGGGCUUCUGCGGCUCCUGGGCUGACAAACGAGCGCAAAGUGGACCAUCUGACUAUCAUUCUCGAGUUGUAUACCAAAGCGUACGAGUUGUUCAAACGAUACGGCGCCCAAAGCCAAGGGCGCCUCACGCUCUGGAUUGCGGGGCGUAUCGCGAUGACGUACGAGCAGGCGGGCGACACCGAGCGGGCGUGCCAAUUCUUCAGCCGCAUUGCAAAGACGUACCGCCGGGAGAGAUGGCACGACGUUCUGCUGCCUCUCCUUGUGCGAUGGCACGCGUGUGCGCAGAAGCUUGGGGACACCGAGGUGGCCGUGAGGCUGCUUGUUGAGAUGGCGGGUCAGGGAGCGGAGACGGCGCAGGAAGAACUGGUUUCUAUCCUACAGGGUUCAGAGCCUCCGUCUACGGAAUCGAUCCUCAUCGACCAAGAAGAUUGUGAGCCGCUACUGGAUACAAACGUUGUGUUCUGGACGCCGGAGGUGCGCGUUGGCGAGGAGGCGUCCUUCCAGAUUACACUUUCCACCCCGGAGCAUAUCAUGCUCGAUAAGAUGCCCAUACAACAAAUCAAGAUCUCGUUGGGCGAGGGCCACAAGCCGAUCGUGCUGAAGCACAAGGACGAAGCGGUUGAUGGUUCCGAGCAGGGGGUGCGCCUUGUGAAAGUCGGAAGGGUACGGCUGGUGAAAGAGGGUAAUGACGGGGGAGAAGAAAGCGGAAGUAGUAGUGAUGAAGGGGACGAAGAUGAGGAAGACGAAGGUGUGGAUGAAGAUGACGGAGAAGAAGAUGGGAGUGAUGAUAGUGGCGGGGACAUUACUGAAACCUCGCUACGCUGGAAGGCCGGCGAGAAGCUUGUGCUCGCGGGCAAGAUCAGCUCCGACGUGCCUGCCACGCUCCAGGUCCAGUCGAUUGAGGUGACCUUGCAGGAAGGAAAGUGGACCAUCAUUGUUCCGCACGCAUCUUUCGCCUCACAUGGGCACUCGGUCGUUACGCCCCGAUGGCUGACUUCGUCGAAGCCGCUCAGGUUUUUGCCUAUCGGACGAGAACACUGGUCCAGCGUUGUGGUUCAUCACCGGCCACACCAGCUCGCGCUUGCGUUCGAGCACCACGAACAGGCUUUGCUGGACGAAGAUUACCCUAUCGUCAUUAGUGUGACAAAUACGGACUCUCGGACACUGGAUGUGGCUAUCGAUGCCUUACUGCAGCCCACGGCGUUCGACGGUACUGACAACUAUAUCGUGGUCGACGAACAGCGCUCGGCGAGCCUUAUCAAAGGUGUUCGUCUUGGAACGCUUGCACCUGGCGUGUCGACCCAGAAAACACUACACCUGUUCAGCACGGGCGCACCUGGAGAGCGUGUCAUCGACGUGUCGGUACAGUCUACGCAUCGGACCAAGCGCAUGAGAGACGAGACGGCCCGCCAUAAGUCCGGAGAAACUCCGGACACUGCAUCUGAGUCCGCGGAGAUCGAUACUGGAACGCAGGAAGGCGCGGAAAACUCGACGGAGGAAACGGAGGAGGAAGAAAAUGUGGAGGCGAACGAGAUGCUCGAGACGCUCGUCGUUCCUGCUCUUGAAGCGCUUCGCGUUAUCUACGAUGUGGGGUACAGGAGGAUGAUGCCUCGUGCGCUUUUGGGAGGUAUUUUGGACGCGAGUGUGGGACCAGAGGAUGCACCUUGGGGUGAGCAUGAUGCAGGCGAAGCGCUUGUGCAUGCGACUGUGCAGUGUGCCGGCCCGGUCGGGUUGAAGGUGGAUAGCGCGAAGCUUGUCCGAGAGGAUGGUAUAAGCGCCAGAAUUUUGGAUGCAUUCCUUGACGAAGCCGGCGAGGAGAUGUUCGAGGAUGAAUAUCUUCCCGGAGACGAGUUUGGCGAUUCAUGUCGGAUUUCCCUCGUCCCCGAUGAAGAGGAAAUGUCGAGCGGCGAAUAUAUACCCGGACCGGGGUACUACGAAAUUACCUGGCGAAGAGUGCUCCAAGGUGGCAACUAUGGGCCUCCCUCAACUUCCCUCUUCGCACUGCCAACCCUCCAGCCACCUCGCGACGGCCUCAUCGGCCUUCUCAGCGUACCAAGCACCGCCAAGCUCCAUGUCCCCACCCACAUGCACCUAACAAUACGCAACCGACACCCGUCGCGUACAGCGACCGUCACAGUCCAGUUGGAAAGCGACCCACAGCAGCAGGACGGGAGCACGAGCCUUGGUGGAGGCAUACUUGUCGCAGGCCUGCGUACCGGGCGUGUACCCGUUCUCUUACCUGGCAUGGAGUACACGCUUAGCUGGCGGAUCAUCCCGCUCGAGUGUGGAUCAGUCCGUGUGCCGGGCGUCAAGGUAUUUGACAUGCGGAGCGCAGCUGCAGAUACCGGCGCCAACGGGGAGGAGGUGGAGAUUGUGGAUGUGCGGACAGAAUGGCGGGGCGAGAAUGCUGAGGAGUCGGCUGGGACAGUGCAGCCACUGCCACUGAAAUCGACGCCUCGGCAAGGAGGGGAGAAGGCGGUAAGGCCGCCUCAGUGUAUAUUGGUUCUGCCUUGACUUUGGUGUACGAUGAUAUGUGAUAAACACCCUUUUUCUUGCAUCUAUUGUAGAACCAUGCUGGAGCAAUCAAGUGUCCCCGCAUUUUGAUUCUAAUCGAUUGCGCAUAUACAGC